AUGGGGGGGGCCAUAUCUUCAACAGGUCCCUCCAUCUCUCUUCUCGUCCAGUCCCUCUCGAAAUGGAGACCUAGUAGAACGAACCGCCCGGAUUUCUGCGGCUCUUCUCAGCCAAGCCACUCGUUGGACACGACUCGCUCAUUCAACCAUUUUUUUCGAUUCCAGCACCAUCGUAUCGGUCUAAUAGAGUUGUGCUUAUUUUCGAUUCUAAUGGCGGAGGAGAUUGAGAACCGUGGCCCAGAGCUGUUCGCCGUCGGGGUGACGCUCGUCACGACGGCCGGCAUUUCGAUUAUCCUCCGAUGCUAUGCACGAAUCUUCCUCGUCAAGAACUUUGGAUUCGAUGAUUACUGUAUGGUUGGGGCAAUGGUUUUCUUCUCCCUGUUCGUGGCAUGCGCAAUUGCUGGUAUUCAUUAUGGAACUGGACGACAUUACUAUGACCUCGACCCGGCUGAUCAAUCAAUGGCAAUGAAGUACUGGUGGUUCUGCUACCUGUGGUAUUGUCUUUCGAUGAUUUGCUCCAAAAUCUCCAUCGGCUGGUUCCUACUCCGAAUAACAGUUCGCAAAAUCGAUGUCUGGAUCAUCUACACCGUAAUGUUCUGCACGGUCUGCACCGGCGUCGUGUUUUUCUUUGUCACGUUAUUGCAAUGCCUACCAAUCCCCUUCUUUUGGGACAAGAGCAUCAAAGGGCACUGCGUUGAGAUGGACGUUAUCAUCGCCCUCACCUACCUUUACAGCGCCUUCAGCGUCAUCUGCGACUUUACCUUUGCCAUUCUCCCCAUAAUCCUCAUUUGGAAGCUGAAGAUGGAUCGCAAGACCAAAGUUGCACUGGUUCCCAUUAUGGCCAUGGCCUGCAUUGCCAGCGCUGCAGUCGUUGUCCGCAUGCCGUUCGUCAAGGAUUUUAAGAACAAAGACUUCCUAUAUGCAACCGUAGAUAUUGCAAUCUGGUCCACCACCGAGCAGGGUCUAGCUAUUACCGCUGGCAGUCUAGCAACACUCCGUCCACUGUUCCGCAUGGUCGUGCACUCGCUCGGGUUCACCUCAAUGGGCCCUUCCAUCAACGACUCUGAGCGCGGCGCCCCAUCAGCCAUGGGCGGAAAGCUCAACGCCAGCAACAGUAGUAGUAACCGACCACGGCGCGGUCCUUUUAGUCUUACUACUUUCAUGGCCAAAGACGACGUCGAGGCUCAUGAAUUGGGAAGCAACAGUGACCAUGAAGGAAACAAGCAGGACAAGUUUGCCUCUAGUAAGCGUUCUCGUGCUUGGGGUUCGCAGGGGAAGCGCGACAACGAGAGCGAAACUGAACUGACGUUCGAAGCCUCCUCCAAAAACUCGUUGGGGAGCGAAAGGGGAGACAACAUAGUCGUGGUGCGGACAUUCUCGCUCAGUGAGGAUCGUAAAUAA